CCUGCUUGAACUCCCUUGAACUUGAAUUUCAGAAAUGCCUCUGUCGCCUUUUGGAAUGGCUCCGUUUGCUGCAUAUGCUCAGGGAACCACCCUCGUUUCUGUUGGUCGACGUGUAAGCAUUGCAGCCGGGUUUCCAAAGCUUCAAAAUCUGCCACCUUUGCAAGCAAUUUCAACGUGGGCACAGACUACUUUCCGCUCCUGCUCCUGCAAAAUACAUGUUCCAGCACAACGUCAAUGGAGGUUGAUACAAAUCCCACCUUUCACAGCUCCAACCUGUCCCUUUUCUCAAACGUACACAGUUACCACCUUUCCUGCCCCCUCAUUCUGCAGAAAGGCAAUUUCACAACAGCUUACUGUUUCUGGACCUGAGCAGAAAGCAUUCUCAACCGCAUCGCCCGUGGAAAGAGAACAGAGCCAGGAGAUGCCAGCAGAGUUGCCGGCGCUGUUCCACUCUGGCAUAAGAAUGACGACUGUUGCGCACCGCAUAUGGGAAACAUUCCUGAGAGAGGGGGACUGUGCUGUAGACCUGACUGCCGGGAAUGGACAUGACACGCUAUUUUUGGCAAAGCAUGUCCUGCCUGUAAAGGAAAAGAGCGCCACAAUAGGUCCAGGCUGUGUAUGGGCGUUUGACAUCCAGACAACUGCCGCUGCCUCCACUCGACAACUGCUGGAGCGCGAGCUGACGCCCGAGCAGUUGCGGCGAGUCAGUGUCAUUAACGAGUGCCAUAGCAACCUCAAGCAAUACAUCCAGCACAAGGAUGUGAGGCUGGUCUGCUUCAACCUUGGGUACCUACCAAAAGGUGACAUGCAGAUUACUACGACGCCUGAAACAACGCUGGCUGCGCUAGAUGCAUCUCUAGAGGUGCUUGCAAUCGGGGGCCACAUUUCAAUCCUGGCAUACGCAGGUCAUCCGGGGGGCAUGGAAGAAUACGAAGCCGUCCGGAGCUGGGCUGCGAAGCUAAGCCCGCACUACUGGGGCUGUUCGUUGCACGAGUUCGUCAAAAGUCCGGAGUCCGCCAAGUUGUUACUCAUAUGCAGACGAAAGUAGGCAACUUGCCCAUACAGCGUACUUUCGGAAGCAAAGGAUAUAGCUAUAGUGUGGCCGACUGACAAAUAUUAUAGCAGGUUCACGUAUGCACAGCCUAAACAUAGCGUGCGUCGGGGACUUUCUUACGUGGGAAGGUGACCUGAUUCUUACGACACAGGGAGCUCCGGGACGUUCAAGCCGUUGCGAACGUGCUUAGAUAGGUUCAGUAUGAAACCAAGCAAAGGACACUAGGGCUAAUGAGUCACUGACUUAGAUGAGAAAGUGGCCAGCUUCAUUGAGAAUGAGUGUACCACUAGGUGCAGUUGAACAUCAAUGUGCAAAACUUAGCCUUGACUGUUUUGACCGGACACUGACAUUUUACACGUACGCAUGAUGAUUCCGGCCGGGCCUCUGUCCAAAGUUCAAAUGUUGCGCCGCGCCACUUGAAGGGUGGCCACCGGACAGGGCAUUGAACUUGAACUAAGAGACCGUCAAGAAAAGUUCCGUGAUAUGGUGCCAG